AUGCUCCAAGACCUUUCAAAAUAUAUCAUCAAGGAUGGACCUACCCUGUUACUCGUGGUUGCAGUGAAAGCAUUGCAGGUGUAUGCUGAUGAUCAACUUGGGGCACCGAAGAUGAAAAAGAUCAAGUCUAUUGCUUACACCACAGGGCGCCACUUCGUAGAGGAUAAGCGUGAACUCAAGAUAUGCGCUAAACUCAACCAUGCAAAUAUUCUGCGCAUUCAUGGUUAUACGUAUGGUUUCGGCCCAUUUCCUGCGAUAAUCAGUCCUUGGGCAGAGAAUGGAAACUUGACGGUCUAUCUGGAAAAUCAAGGUGCAGGCUCUGACUCUCGUUCGACGAUUCCAGCUGGCAAGUUCUCUAUUCGUCUAAGAGAUAUUAUAGCUGGCCUGCAAUAUCUCCACGCCAACAGUGUCAUCCAUGGCGACUUCAAUGGGCCUAACGUGUUGAUCCGUGCUGAUGGUACUGCGUGUAUUGCUGACUUUGGUCUUUCCUUGAUGUAUUCCGAGAUUGUAAGCGCCUCUCAGGCUUCCUGGACGUCCACUCUCAAAGGAAACAUGCGAUGGAUGGCUCCUGAGCUGCUCGCAGAGCGGGAGGAUGGCUCUCAAGCUCGGCCAAGCAAGCAGAGCGACAUGUAUUCAUUCGGCGGUAUCAUGCUGCAGGUCCUCACCAAUAAAGUACCCUAUUAUCACCUCACGAACGAUGCCGCCAUCAUACUCUGCAUAGUCAAAUCGCAAACGCCUCCCCGAUUUCGUUAUCCUGAGCUCCCUGAACAAUACUGGCCAAUUAUCGAACAAUGUUGGUCUACUGAUCCUCGGGACCGUCCCUCGACAAAGGGAGCUGACACAACGAUCAGUAAUGAAUUUAACUUGCUGUCCAUAUCUCGUUGA